AUGGCCUUAGGGUGCAUGUUAGCUCAGUUUGAUGAUUUAGGGAAAGAGCAAGCCAUUUACUACCUGAGUAAGAGAAUGCUUGAGUAUGAGUAUAGAUACAUUAUGAUUGAGUGUCUCUGCUUAGCACUGGUUUGGGCCAUAAAGAGACCGAGGCACUAUGUGACAGAGUACCCCAUACAUUUGGUCUCACGAUUGGAUCCAUUGAAAUAUUUGUUCAAUAUGCCUAUUCUGACUGGUAGACUCAUGAGAUGGUUGGUACUAUUGACAAAGUUUGAUAUUCAGUACGUCACACAGAAAUCAGUGAAGGGUAGCAUUGUCGCAGAUCACUUAACUUCAUUACUAGUAUCCGAUGACAGAUCAAUUGAUGACAAUUUCCCUGGUGAGCAUUUUGUUUUAGUUGCUAGUAUUGUAGGAUGGCGUUUGUACUUUGAUGGCACUACCAAUCAGUCGGGAUUUGGCAUUGGCAUCUUGUUGAUAUCACCCCAGGGUGAUCAUAUCCCUAAGUCUGUUCGAUUAGCAUUUUCUUAUCAUCAUCGGUUAACGAAUAAAGUUGUGAACUAUGAGGCAUGCAUCACAGGUCUAGAGACUGCACUUGAUCUUGGGGUUAGACAGGUAGAGAAUCAGUUCGCUGAUGCGUUAGCCACCUUGGCUUCUAUGAUUGAGAUUCCUACAAGGAUGAUUAUGCGACCAUUAUUGAUUAAGACCAGAUCCGCACCAGCUUACUGUUGUUUGAUUGGAAAUAUUAAGGAUCGGGCUGAGCUACCAUGGAGGUCAUCAAAUGGCAUGUUGUUGUUAUGUAUAAACCGAGCCACAACAGAUAGAGUGAUGAGAGAGGUCCAUGCAGGAGUCUGUAGACCACACAUAGGAAGUCACAUGUUGGCACGUAAAAUCAUGAGGACUGGCUACUUUUGGUUGACUAUGGAGAUAGAUUGUUGCCAGUUUGUACAGAGAUGUCCAAAAUGUCAGAUGCACGAAGACUUGAUACAUGUACCUCCAUCUGAACUACAUGCACUUACAUCCACUUGGCCAUUUUCAAUGUGGGGUGUUGAUGUGAUCGAAAAGGUCUCUCUGAAAUCCUCCAAUGGUCAUGAGUACAUCCUGGUAGCUAUUGACUAUUUCACCAAAUGGGUGGAAGCUUCUUCUUAUGCCAUCUUGAUAGCGGCUAAGGUGGCCAAGUUCAUCAGAUCACAUAUUAUAUGUCGAUACAAGAUUACUCAUGAGUUGAUCUCAGAUAGAGGGGUACAUUUCAGAGGUGAAGUGGAUACACUAGUUUAG